AUGCCACGCUUCCAGUCGUUACAUUUGGAUCGAGCAUUGAACAAGUUAUGGGAGUUAAAGGAAGCUCCGCAAAAAAUUUGGUUUCAAGACAUAUGGCGCACUAAGGUAGGUUGGGAUGAUAUCAUUCCUGAGUCUAUCGCAACGAAGUGGUUGGAGCAUCGCAUAGAACUCAAGCAAUUGGCACAUUUGAAGGUGAACCGGUGGUUUGGUACUGAAGUAGCUGGGUCAUUUACGCAAUUGCACGUAUUCGCAGAUGCGUCCGAGUGCGCUUACGCCGCCGUUUUGUAUGCACGAACAACACAAAGCGACGGUAGCAUUACUGUGUCAUUAAUUUCGUCGAAAACCAAGGUAGCUCCGCUUAAGCCGACAAUGUUGCCACGUCUUGAAUUAUGCGCCGCUCAUCUUGCUGCUAAACUAGUGCGAAGCGUGCUGCACUGCUGGUCUGAUCUCCGUUAUCCGCUUUUCGCUUGGACUGACUCUACUAUAACAUUGGCAUGGUUACAAGCUCACCCCAGCAGAUGGAUGACAUUUAUAGCCAACCGCGUCGCUGAUAUUCAAGAAGUUUUGCCUCCCGAAUGUUCAAACCACGUUCGUUCUGAACAGAAUCCUGCAGAUUGUGCUGCAAGAGGUAUAACCCCCUCCGAAUUAUUACGUCAUCAAUUGUGGUGGGCUGGUCCUAUUUUCCUGAAAAGCACUGAACAAUUGUGGAAGCAGAAAAUAUCUAAAGAGCCCACUACAGAGCUGGGCAUACGAAAUAGUAUUCGUGCCCAUGUGACUAAUUCUACAGAUUAUUGGUCCAUGAUGACAAAAUACUCAUCGUAUUCUAAGCUGCGUCGAGUUAUUUCCUACGUUUUACGCUUUUUGACCAACAUUCGGUCUAACAAGCGGCUUAAUGUUAUAAAGCGUUUUGGUACACCGAGUUGCCAAGAGUUAUUUGAAGCUGAACUUCGCCUAAUCAGCGCUAAAAGACAAAUCCCACUUCGCAGUAGUCUUUUGCGUCUGCAGCCCUUUCUGGAUGAGACUUGUGUUCUACGUGUUGGAGGAAGAAUAAAAAAUGAUGAAGUCGCUCCAGAUGUUAGGCAUCCCAUUAUCUUGCCUAAGAACUGUCCGCUUGCUAAGUUAAUAAUCUGCGAAAUACACAAGGUAACUUUGCACGCUGGGCCCCGCAUUAUGUAA